AUGGUGGAUGCAGUCGACACCGGGAAAGCUUGCCGGGAGUCCGGUCAGCCACCUGUGGACAAUGAGGGCAGAGCCACUGGCACGAAGUAUCCGUACAACACGGUCUACAAUUGGAGCCGUCGCUAUGAUGAGCUGCUUAAGGCGGCAGCCAAACAGGGCAAGGCGAAGAUCACGAAGACUCGCAAGGGCUACUUUCGAAAGAACAAGUUGGUCCUGCACUUUGACAAGAGGUUCUCGAAGGCACUGAAGCAGUGUUGCAAAAAAGGCUGGAAGGUGAGUUCGAAAGUUGCUUUUGCCCUCGCGAUGCGAGUGUUUAGAAGAGUCGAUGCACAGAAAGAUCAGCAUCACCUGCAAUGGCCCAGGGUGAGACGAACAAACCUUCCUUGGGAGCCAAAGUUGCAAUGGGUGCGACGAUGGCUCUCUGUCCGCGGGUGGCGGCCAAGAGUCGCCACAAAGAAGAAGACGAGCACCCCGCAGCAUGACUGCAGCAUGAUGCAGAGGUGGUGCGACAAGCUGAGGUUCACACUUCGGAAGCAGCCACAAAUGAAUCAGCAGCAGACACUCAUGCCGGAGCCGCACCUUGAGUACGGGUUCUACAAGCUCAGUGCCAGAUACAAUCGCGACCAGGUCGGUUUUUCCUUCGACUUUAGUGCAGCUGGACGAACCUGGUCCAGUCUGGAGGAGCGGGAAUCAGGUUGCAUCCACGUCUCUACAGGACCAUCGGCGUGGGCAAAGCGUUUUUUCACAUGGGACAUGUGCUACAGCUGUGACCUGAGCCAAAAGCAACCGCCGCCAGUCUUGUACUUUUUUGGAGCUGGGAAUAUCAGUGCCCUGGAAAGAGCAAGUUACGACAGGGACGUCCGAGUCAUCUUCACCCCCAAAGCAUACCUAUGCGACAAAGCCAAUGCUGAGUGGAGCAAGACUCGCAAGCAAUGGCGCAAAGAAAUGCGCGCACACGACACAGAAAUCCUCCACACGGAACCUGGCGGUACCCACGUCUGUCAGCUCAUCGAUAGACAUGUCGGCCGCAUGCACAAGCAGCUUUUCGAAGAGGUCCAAAUGGAGUACCUGCUGGAUAAUUGGGAUGGUUUUCGCCAUUUAUCAGCGCGGGACAGAAGGAUAUAUGUUACCUUCUGGGUCGGCGAGGUCUGGAGACGAUAUUUGGCAACCAAGAGGCAACAACACACGAACUGUGUGGCGUGCUCAGGAUUGGGUGUUCGGCUCGACUCUGUUGGUGACAGCAAAAUCACGGUGGAAGCCUCGCCAUUGUUCUCGCUCCAGCCGUACAGGCAAUGGCCCGGAUUGGAAGAGAGCAUCGAGUCGCAAUGGAAAGAUGGCGCAGAGGAUGUGGACUCUCCUGCAUGCAGUGAUGAUGACAGCUCAUCGCCCACUUCCGGGUCGGAUAUCGGAUCACGGCCGUCGAGCGGGUCCAGCAGCAGCAGCAGCAGUUCUUCUUCCAGCUCAAAGCCAGAGCCGCCGUGCUCCAGUUCAAAACCAGAGGCUGGUUCCAGUUCCAAGCCAGAGCCUGCGUCCUCAGCGGUCAUGGGCAGGAAUUUGACCAAAGCAGAAACUCGUGAGCUGGUCCAGUCAGCAAAGGCAAAAGGCAAGCUUGAGCAGGGUUUGCGGACACUGGCGGCACAUGCCAGAUUGAAGUCCCCGCUUCUGCACCCAAAGCGGCUGGAAGGAUGUCUUGUGGUACGGAGCCUGCUUCGUGAAGUGGCAGAAGAAGAAGGAAAGCAGCUGCCAAGCAAGAGCGAGCUGUAA